AUGGCAAGAACCAAGCAGACCGCCCGUAAAUCCACCGGAGGCAAAGCCCCCAGGAAGCAGCUGGCCACCAAGGCUGCGCGUAAGAGCGCCCCGGCCACCGGCGGCGUGAAGAAGCCUCACCGUUACAGGCCCGGUACCGUGGCUCUGAGAGAGAUCCGUCGCUACCAGAAAUCGACGGAGCUGCUGAUCCGCAAGCUGCCCUUCCAGCGCCUGGUGAGAGAAAUCGCUCAGGACUUCAAGACCGACCUGCGCUUCCAGAGCUCCGCUGUCAUGGCUCUGCAGGAGGCCAGCGAGGCCUACCUGGUCGGCCUGUUUGAGGACACCAACCUGUGCGCCAUCCACGCCAAGAGGGUUACCAUCAUGCCCAAGGACAUCCAGCUGGCCCGCCGCAUCCGCGGAGAGAGAGCUUAAACUGCUGCUGCUCCACUGACCAUAACAACGGCUCUUUUAAGAGCCACUUCACUGUACUCAAGACAAAAGACCUUUGUUGCCCUGCUUGUGCAAGACUGUUAAUACAUAUAAUUGACUGCAGAGAUUAAAGUAAAUAUCAAUACCAUUAAAGCAUUAAAUAAACCACUUUCUGUAAAGUAAACAUAGUACAGCACAAGGAGCAUUUACACAAGUUUAAACAUUUAACUGCAGUAUAGUUUUAUAACAUUAACUAACAGCAAACGGUUACUAUUUCAUAAUACUACAUAAAUAGUUCACAGUGACACAUAUUUGUUACAUUAUUAGCUCUGCAAAGAAUACACAUAGUAAAUUAUGCAAAGUAAGACCUGGCCUGCUUUUAAUCUAAUAUUAAUUAAUAUCGCUGCUUUCACUUCACCUGUUAAAUGGAACCAUCGUUAGAGAUGCAAUGAAAUAAAUGCUGUGGAUGCUGGAGAGUCCUUCUAUAAUUAGGACUUCAUUUCAUAUCCAUGUUGAAAUAGUCAAUUUGACUAAAUAUUCACUUCUUGCUUGAUUUUCUC